AUGAUCAUUCCACCCGCCGCAGGGCAGGGUGCAAGAUUGCCAGCCCCGCAGGCCACUUUUAGUGGCAGUGUUCCAGAGCCAGAUUCUGAAGUCGCGCCCCCUGAAGACGAUGUUCCACUGGCACCUUGGGCUGCGGCGCGCGUCUUGCCUACAUCGCAUGCCCGGCGAACAAGGCGUGUUUCCACACCAGCUGGACGUUUUGUGGGUGACGAGCAGAAGCAGUUGGCUCGAUGGGCAGAACAUCUCAAUGAGGAAGUGCUGGCUUUGACUCGGGAAAGAGACAGUUUGGCGGGAAAGUUGGCUGAUGCCAAUGCUGCAAAUGUAAAACUGCAGAUGGAGUUGGAGCAUCUUCGCAGGGUAAGUGCUGAGUUCCCCGGCGUAAGUUUGUUUUUGUACUCUUCCAGGCAUACUUCCGCCUAUGGUUGCGCAGGUUUGAGCGUCUUGGGGGCGGCUCGCAACAUAGUUUCUGGCAAUCAGCAUUGA